AGUCGACAACACGCUUGCACUUUUCUUGUCUAUGGUUCAUUUUUGACAGUUCAUAUUUCUAGCGUUGUCGUAUUUAUUUCACGAAUAAACAUAGUAAUUAUCAACAAUUUCAUAGGAUAUUUUAAAAUAAAUGAUAAGUUAUAGUUGUUUGAAUGAAUUAGUCUAAACUUGGUGUGCAAAUUAUCAUCAAUAAACCCGUGGAAUGUUAGCUGGACUGUCUGAAAAUUCCCCCAUCGAACAGGUGUUUUUGAAUGAAAUGUGUGUUCAGGUUCCCACCGUAAUUAAUUUAUAGUGUCGUAAAUAAUACAAGUGUAUCGAUCGCAGGAGAAUAUAAUUGGGGUAUCUGGCGCCCUUCACGUUUGUACACAAGUUCGUAGUGGUGUUGCAAGUCUGAUAAACAAGGGACGCCGCCGAGUGGUAGGCCGUGUGUGUGCGAUAGAGAAUUAAGUCCCACUGGGGCUUAUAGAUUUCCGAUCACCAUGGUCGGGCCCCCUACGAGGCCAUAUAUUAUGAAAUACGGUAGCAGGUGAGGAGGAGCCGUGGCGAGCAUGCCGCACCAGUACGGGGCGGGCGGGAUGGCGCAGGGCCCGCCGUCGCCGCCGCCGCAGCACGGCGCUCUGUACCCGCGCUACGCCAACGCGGCCGGGCCCGGCGCCGGCGCCUACCGCCCCGAGGAGCGCCGUCUCACCAGGGAAGCCAUGGAACGGUACCUGCGCGACCGCUCUGAUAUGGUUGUCGUCAUAUUACAUGCUAAAGUCGCUCAAAAGUCUUAUGGCAAUGAGAAGAGAUUUUUCUGCCCGCCUCCCUGUAUCUAUUUGUUUGGGGAUGGCUGGCGGCUGCGGAGGGAGCGCAUGCUCCGUGAGGGUGAGACUGAACAGGCUGCUCAGCUGUGUGCCUUCAUUGGCAUCGGCAACUCUGACCAAGACAUGCAGCAGCUGGACCUCAACAACGGCAAGCAAUAUUGUGCUGCCAAAACUUUAUACAUAUCAGAUUCUGAUAAAAGAAAACAUUUUAUGCUAUCCGUAAAGAUGUUCUAUGGGAAUGGUCAUGACAUUGGUAUUUUCAAUAGUAAAAGAAUAAAAGUUAUAUCAAAGCCAUCAAAAAAGAAGCAGUCUUUAAAGAAUGCUGACUUGUGUAUUGCAAGUGGGACUAAAGUAGCAUUAUUCAACCGACUGAGGUCACAGACGGUGUCUACUAGGUAUCUACAUGUUGAGAAUGGUAACUUCCAUGCGUCAUCCACUCAAUGGGGAGCAUUUACAAUACAUCUGCUGGAUGACAAUGAAAGUGAGUCUGAGGAGUUUGCAGUGAGGGAUGGUUAUGUGCACUACGGGUCCACUGUAAAGCUCGUCUGCUCUGUUACAGGAAUGGCUCUGCCUAGACUGAUAAUUAGAAAGGUAGACAAACAAAUGGCUCUGUUAGAGGCUGAUGACCCUGUGUCACAGCUUCACAAAUGUGCAUUCUACAUGAAGGACACGGAACGGAUGUACUUGUGCCUCUCCCAGGAGAGAAUAAUACAGUUCCAAGCAACCCCUUGCCCUAAAGAACCCAAUAAGGAGAUGAUAAAUGAUGGUGCAUGCUGGACCAUCAUAUCUACAGACAAAGCUGAAUAUCAGUUUUAUGAGGGAAUGGGUCCAGUCAGGUCGCCAGUAACGCCAGUGCCUCUAGUCCACUCGCUGAAUCUCAAUGGUGGCGGUGACGUGGCCAUGCUAGAGUUGGCCGGAGACAACUUCACACCAUCCUUGCAAGUGUGGUUUGGGGAUGUGGAGGCGGAGACCAUGUACCGGUGUGCGGAGUCUAUGCUGUGCGUAGUCCCGGACAUAUCGCAGUUUAGGGGGCAGUGGCUAUGGGUGCGACAGCCUACACAGGUCCCAGUGUCGCUGGUUCGCAACGACGGGAUAAUCUACGCCACAGGCUUGACGUUCACAUACACACCGGAGCCGGGCCCCAGGCCCGUGUGUCCCCCGGUGGAUGACGUCAUGAGGCCCGAACAGGCCCCCACCUGGCAACACGACGCCCGCUUGCCUGACAACAGUCUGCAAUAGCCCAUGGACUGCAGGCUUGACGACAGCCUGCAGUGAACGGACUUUUGUGUGGCCGUGGUGAGUGAUUUGAGAAUUAGUUUCAUUAGUGCCUAAUCGUUAAUCUUGGCGUGAUCUUGCGAUUUCCACGAAACUGUAAAAAAAAACCUUGUAACACUGAUUUGUAAGCCUUUGUUCUGUCAUAAUUUCUCAUCGACAGCAUCGUUUUCGCUAAAGCCUAAUUUUUACUACGAAAUUAGUGACGUGAAAUUAGUUUCGUCAACUAUUUCAAGUGAAAACAAGUUUUGGCGUGAAAUCAAUGCAUGCAUUGUGAAACUAGUUUCGUGACACUAGUUCCGUAAUGUAAGGCUUAAAUCGCAGUAGUUACGCCGGGAUACGUCACAAGUUUUCGAGCCAUGUAGUUAGUGGUAGUUAGACAACCAUCCGACAGUCAAUUGCUUUUUUUCCUAUAGGCACAUCGCAUAGCGAUACAAACGUGUUUUGGUGUUUCAUGAAAUAUUAUAAUCACAGAUUUUUGUAUUAAGCCACAUUCCUAAUUAUUGAGUUUUACAAAAUGGCGGGCUAAAAUCUUUAAACACUUAGACUUCACUUGGGUGCAUUGCUUUUUAAUGCAAUAAUGUAAUAAGCAAGUCAAUCCAAGUGGGUUUAGAAAUGCAUACAAUAGGAGCAACUAUGAAUUGAUAGUUUUAAAAUGUAUACGAGACAUUUUUUCUCAACGACUUGACGUAUUUUUGCAUAUUAUUUAUCUUGACAGGGUUUUCUGGUAGUUCUCCUUCAUUAUUGUAGAGUGUGCUAAAGGACACAAUUGCUUAAAAGAGAUUAUGUUGAUAAAUAUAUGUAUCAUGUGGAGAGCGUAGUAUCAUUAUGUCUAAGCGUUUCGUUCAGCGCACCGAUACGAAUAGCUCCUUGCAAGUCUGCAAUCCAUCCGCAAUCUACGUCCCAACUCCCGUUUAGAACACCGAAGUGCAACGAACAAUUGAAUUGUGUUCCUCCUGGACCAUCUUAUUGUAACAUCAUCUAUGCUAUUUUGCGUGGUCUAUUUUUUUAAUUCUUAUAAACUAUUUUCAUUCUUAUACAACUAUACUACAUCUAAGUACUGGAACCUAUCGCUAGUGACUCGAGGUGCCCUAGGUGGAAAACAUUUAAUUAUUCAUACAAUAAAUAACACCAGAAGAUAAUUUAUCGGCGCUCUUAACGGAACAGCUGGGAGCUGUUGGAAUCGUUGCGCUGAACAGAAUAACUCUUUAUGUCAGGGAAAGAGAUCUCUCUCCUCUUAGAUUCGUUUCUUCGGGGCCAAAUAGCUGUAAUCCAUGACAAGU